GCCGGCGGUCACACUAACUGCAAUUUAGCAAUAAACAAAUUUACAUUUUAAUGCAAAUGCGAUUGCAGGGAUUCUAGCUAAACAAAGCCGCGACGGAACAGGAAUAAGGACGCGCGCAGGACGUGUGGACGCGGGACAAGUGCCAACAUGUUGGGCAAGUGCUGCAUCGGGACAUUCUGGUCACUAGCCAUGUUGGUGGCCUUUUCCACUGCCUACAAAAACGUUCGCCUGCAGGACAUCAUGUGCUCGGACAAGCUAUUCUACACACUGGCCAAGCCCUUCCGUGGGGAUCCUACGGUGCGGCUAGACUUCGAAGACACCUCCGGGGCGAUCGUCACCCAGACGUGGAAUCUGACACUGCCCCACGGUCACGCGGCCAAUAGGAUCAAGUACGACUGCCAGUUCCGGGUGCUGACCAGCGAGCGACUGCCGCGCGGCAUCUACACCAUCAUCACGCGGCUCAAGUUCCGUCGCGAUCCGGUGUCCAAGGAGUGCAUCGACUACAUCCAGUUCAGUAGCGGCAACCGCUCGCCCAGCGAGCGCAUUUGCACGGACAUUUCCAUUGACGGACCUGCUGGAAGACUGAUCUUCGAUCAGCGCGACCGCGAGGUCAACGUGCACAUCUUCAUCGAUCGAUCGCGCCACAUACUGGGCGAUCCGCUCGAGCUGCGCAUGGUGCUCACGGCCCACUCCGAGUGCCAGUUCAAUGGAGACUUCCUCUGCGAGCCCGGCGACCAGUACUCGUGCAUUUCGCGGCACUUUGUGCGGGACAACAUCACCAACUGCCUGUAUCCGUGCCGUGACGAGGGCACCUGCUUCCACGACGCCAUCGUGCCGGAGGAGAUAGACACGGCCAAUGUGGCCAUUUCGGCACUGACGUCGCUCAUCUUCACCAUGCUGGGCGUUGGCUUCUGUGUGUGGAUAUGCUGGAAGUACUGGAACUGCAUUACAGUCCAGCAGCGGGCGCACGAGGCCUCCGCUGCUCGCUUUAACCAGCGGCGAGCCAGGUCCUACUUGCAGUCCGAUGUGCCCACCAUUGAGCUGCCACCAGCGGUCCAUUACGAUGAUAGCGUCCUGCACGAACACGAUAACCAGCAGCAACAGCAGCCGGCUACGCCCAAGGAUCUACCGCCCAGCUACGAGUCCCUGUUCCCGGAAAGAUAAAGAUCCGCUGCUCGGUUCGCUCCGCCUUGUGCCAGAUCAGCAAGUACUUGGUAUCGCACACUUGUUGUAUUAGUCCUAUUAGGUAAUUGAAUCUCUAUUUGAAACGAUUAGCAUUCCAUGUAAAUAUGUUAGGACUGAUUUUAUGUUUUGAGAUUAGCGAAAGCGAUCAAUCUUCAACCUUGUUGAUGUGUUCACUUCGAAGCAGAUCCACAAAAUACUCAACGUUUUACUGAUGUAUAUAUUUAAGCUUUAUGUUUUUUAGCGAUCCGUUUUGGUUUUUAGUAUUUGUAACUGUUGAAGCCGCCUUUUGGCAACGCAAAUUGUUUACUCACUGAUGAAAUCUCACUGGUAUUACCGUACUCAAUGAAAUUAUAUCAAUUAUUUAUCUAAGCAACAAUUAUUUAUAAGCAAAAGCCACACAGUACUAGUCUCUGUAAUAGCUAGCGUAAAUAUUCCAAGGGCCAGCCAGGUCCUGGCCGGGCAUACCACAUAGUUGUACCUGUUUCUGUACUGCAUAGAUAUAUGUUAUGUAUUUGUACGCCUAGAAUACCACGCGCUUGUAGAUGUCUUUGUUGUGUGCUGGCCGAAUGUGUCAAUUGUUCAAUCCAGAGUAAUAUAUAUUAUGUAGGCACACACGCUCACGGGAUUAUGUACGAACUACAGUAUUUACUCCAAACAUGUAACUGCAAUGUAACUGAAAGAUCGGAUCAGUGGUCAGUAGGUCUUAAGCCAAUUACUUCAUAUGUAUACACACGCAACUCACUCAAAUACCGUAUAUUAACAGAUAAAUAAACCAACUAAAUCUCAA